CCAUUCGACGAACUUCUUGUAAUACUAUCGCCUUUCGACCUUCUCGAGUUCAAAUAGAGGGCGGGCUUGAAAACGGCUCUCAUCCGCACCACCAAUCUCUCUCGACCACCCGAACCGUCCAACUUUACUCUCCGUUCGACAUUUCCCUGCCUCCUUAAGGGGGAGGUCUGCAAUACAAUGGGCUUGGCAUACAACACAUACUUGAAUAGUAGCAAGGUCUACGGCUGCAAGACAUGCAAGGCGCAUCUGUCAAAUCAUGAGGAUAUCAUCAGCCGCAACUUCCGAGGACAGCACGGCAAAGCAUACUUGUUCAACACUGUCGUGAAUAUCGAAACAGGCGAGCCCAGCGAGCGCAACAUGACGACGGGACGCCAUAUAGUCCGGGAUAUCACCUGCAAGCAGUGCAAGGAGACUGUCGGGUGGAAGUAUGAUAAGGCAUAUGAGGCUACAGAGAAGUACAAGGAAGGAAAGUUCAUUCUCGAAGCGGAACUGCUUUGCAACGUUACUUAGAGAGGUCUCAACAACCAAAGGGUGGGUUGCAGAAGGUGACGCUAUACAUAUGCUUCUCGUCCUAAGGUAUGCGUGCUUUAUUACGGCCUUUGCUUUUAUUUUAUUUUAUUUUAUUUUCCUUUCCUUUCCUUUCCUUUUUCCUCUGGGAGAGCUGGGCGACGCCUUGCAUAUAAGCCGGCGCUUGAUGGUGUUUUGAUGGAAUGGCUUUUGUUUCGGCCUUCUUUGCUCUUCUUGUCAGCCGAUAUCUUGCUGCUCUCCGGCCACCUGCCAAUAUAGAGUCAAGAGCUGGAUUUUAGGUCAUAACGAAGCCAAGGAACACACGGCAUCAAGCAGGGUUAGAAAUGGUGUUUGGUUAAGGGUAUGGAUUUCUUCAACUUCGCGCAAGAACCAAUACAAGAUUCGUUUAAGAAUAUUUAAGAGCAUGUCUCAAACCGCACUCCAUUACACCAGGCA